AGGUUGAACACUAUUCUAUAGAUUUUUUCUGGUAUAUAUUGGACAAGAAAUUUGAGUUAAACAUCAGUUAGCUACUCCGGGCUACCAGAGAAUAUCAUCAGUUGCAAUCUACCUAAUAAAAUAUAAGUGAUUUGAAUACAAAAUGAACAAGUUAGUCAUCAUCUGUUUCCUGGCUAUUAUUGCUACUGCUGCAGCUGGAGACGAUGAAUACGACAGCUACGACUACAAAAACUCGAGAAAAGUAGUUGUUGUUGAAAAUGAACCCAGAUACCAAGUCAUCAGACGUGAACCAGAGUACAAGAAAACCAUCUACAAAUACAGGGAACCUGAAGACCGACAAGUGGUCGUCAAAGUUAUUAAGCCAAGUGAAUCAAGGUAUAUACCAUCUUAUGAUUCAAAGAAAGACGUUGUUGUUAAAGUCUUGAAUAGGAAACACUUAUAGAUUUGUUGAUUGUAUUUAUGGCAACCCCUUAUUUGAAUAAAGUUUAUGCAA